GCGACCCAUCUGGUCUGGGUACUGUGGGAUCUCGAGUUGGGCCAAGCAAGCUCCGUGCGGCCUGCGGCCGCCCAGGCUUCACCCCCGCAGCCCCUCCUGAGCGUGCCCGCGCUUCCCUCCCGGCGCCGAGCCCCAGAUGCGCGCGUUCGUGCCAGCAAACUUUCGGGCGCCUGCACUGAGCAUGCUCGGCGGCGGGGCGGGCCCGGGGUCCGGAAGCUCAGGCGAAUCCUCGGGGCGCACCAGCUCGGGCUCGCCGUCCCCGGAGGCGAUGGUCCCCGCGGGCGCCCGGGGUCGCGCCACAUGGGUGCUGGCCGGGGGCGCUCUGGCCGCGGCCCUGGCGCUGGGGGCCCCGUCCGGACCGCAGGACUUGCCCUGUAUGGUUUGGCUCCAUGCAGAAAGCUCUCACCCGGAGACUGCAGCAGAAGCACCACGCGGAGUGCAAUCCAGGGAGAACAGCGAACCCUCGGUUCUGACUUCUGCAGCCUCCCCUGGGCCGAGGGCUCGUUCCUUCUUUGCUUUCAUACCUCCAUGGCCCAAGAAGAGCUUCUUUAAAAGAGAGUCUCCUAUAAUGCAGCACCUGUAUGGAGACAUUUCAAGAGACAUUCAAGGGACUUCUGAGAAUGGAGUAAUUUUUCAAAAAUGUGCACUGGUUUCCGGGCAGAGUGAAUCACAGACAGUGCAUGUGCAUCUGGUCGUGAACAACACCCGGGCACCCUUGUCAGCUAACCUCUCGGAUCUGCUCUUGCUGGAUGACAUCAGUGGCCUCACUGUCAGAGACUCGACUGGAAAUAAGACCCCGGAUGGAUUGCAGGCUUUCAGAAAGAAGUUUCUGCCAGUGGGCGACUCCUACUUGGUUAGCUACUCCGCAUCGCUGGAGCGUGGAGCCGUCGUCACCGGGGAGCGCCUGAGCCUUCCUGCCCAGCUCACUUUUCAGAGCUCGUCACGGAACAGAACGCAGCUGCAAGCCCUUUUCACCAUAACAGUGGCUGAAAGGAUAACAGUCCUCCCGCACCACGGUCUCCAUGCAGCAGGAUUCUUCAUUGCCUUCCUCAUCUCCUUGGUGCUGAGCUGGGUGGCCCUUUUCUUCCUGGCGCGUUAUUGGUGUCUGCCUGGAAGCCUGCUUGCCGGACACCAGAACCUGAAGAGAAUGAGGAAGCGGUGGAGCCAUGGGAACAGUGGAGGAAGGGUCGUUGGCUUAGUGAGGUUGGAGAUUGCAACCCUGAAUCGGGCCGAUGCAGAUCUGGAGGCUUGUCGAACCCAAAUCAGCAAGGAUAUCAUUGGCCUUCUGCUGAGAAGUCUGACCAGUGGAGGUCACCUCUCCCCCCAGGUGGAGAGGAGGAUAGGUUCUGUUUUGAAAAAACAGUUUCUGCUUCUGGAAAAUGAAGUACAAGAAGAGUAUGAUCGUAAGAUGUUGGCAUUGACAGCUGAAUGUGACCUGGAAAUGAGAAAGAAGACAGAAAACCAAUACCAGAAGGAGAUGGUGGCAAUGGAGGAAGCAGAAGAGUUGCUGAAAUGUGUUAGUGAGAGGUCUGCCGCAGAGUACAGCAGCCUCCUGCGGACCCUGCACGGCCUGGAGCAGGAGCACCUGUGGAGGUCGCUGGCUUUGCACCAGGAGGAGGACUUUGCCCAGGCUCACAGGCAGCUCGCCGUUUUCCAGAGAAAUGAAUUGCACAGCAUCUUUUUUGCCCAAAUGAAAAAUGCGAUCUUCAAAGGGGAACUGAAGCCAGAGGCAGCUAAAAUGCUGCUGCAAGAUUAUUCUAAACUCCAGGAGAACAUAGAAGAGUCGAUGGACUUCCUCCAGGCCACUAAGCGGUACCAUCUAAGUAAAAGGUUUGGCCACCGGGAGUACCUGGUCCAGAACCUGCGGUCCACGGAGACCCGCGUGCAGGGCCUCCUGAGCGCUGCGGCGGCCCAGCUGACCCAGCUCAUCCAGAAGCACGAGAGGGCAGGGUACUUGGAUGAAGAUCAAAUGGAAAUGCUACUGGAACGGGUUCAGAUGGAAGUCUUUUCUAUAAAACAGAAGUUGGACAAUGACUUAAAGCAGGAAAAGAAAAAACUCCACCAAAAAUUAAUAAUUAAGAGAAGACGAGAGUUGCUACAAAAGCACCGGGAGCAGCGGAAGGAGCAGCUGUCCACAGCCGAGGCGUUGCGAGCCUCUGAGGAUGCUGGCCAUUACCUGUGCCAGUGGAGGAGCAUGGUGGCCGAGCACAGCGCCGCCCUGGAGGAGCUUCAGGAGAGCCUGGACCAGGCUGCCCUAGAUGAUGUCCGGGCCUUGACCCUGUUGCUCUCUGAGAAGGCCACCGAGGAGCUGCGGCGCCUGCAGAGCUCGGCAAUGACGCAGGAGCUGCUCAAGCGCAGUGUUCCCUGGCUCUUCCUGCAGCAAAUCCUGGAGGAGCAGGCCCGGGAGCUGGCGGCUCGGACUGAGCAGCUGGAGGCCGAGGAGUGGGCGCGGGGCCAGGAGGGCGUUCAGCGUGUGAGGCAGAGGCUGCAGGACGACGCCCCCGAGGCUGCUGUGGAGGAGCAGGCAGAGCUGAGACGCUGGGAGCACUUGGUCUUCAUGAAGCUCUGUGGUGCCACCUUCUCGUUGUCGGAGGAGGAGCUGCUGGCAGUGAGGCGGGAGGCCCACAGCUGCUUCGCCCAGAUGGACAGGAGCUUGGCCCUCCCCAAGGUGCGGGCCCGAGUCCUGCUGCAGCGGUUCCAGUCUGCCUGGCGGGAAGCGGAGCUCCUGAAACUGGACCAGGCGCUGGCUGCCCCCGAGCUGCAGUCUAAGGCCAGAAAGCCGAGGUCCAAGAGUAAAAGCAAGGUGGACCUUCUGAAAAAGUGCACCGAGGACAAGAUCCGCCUCUUCGAGGAGCAGCCCCCCCCACACUUGGCAGAAAAGGUGCGCGGAGAGCUGCUGAGGGAGAGGGUGCAGCGGCUGGAGGCACAGGAAGCUUGCUUUGCAGAGUCACUUGUUGCUCUGCAGUUCCAGAAGGCAUCCCGCUUCACCGAGACCCUGUCAGCCUACACUGCCCUGCUCACCCUCCAGGACCUGCUGCUGGAGGAGCUGAGCGAGUCUGAGACGCUGACCAAGCUGGCCUGCAGCCAGAUCCUGGAGUCACACAGCCCGGAGCUCCAGGAGCUGGAGCGGAAGCUGGAGGAGCACCUGGCCCAGCAGGAGGCUGCCCAGCAGCAGCGGGCCAUGGCGAGCUGGCAGCAGUGGGUGGCUGAUGGGCCUGGGGCCCCAAACGAGCCAGGGGAGGCAGACUCUGAAGGGCCCAUCUCCUCCAUCCUGCAGCAGGCCCUGAGCAAGGCCCAGCAGAUGCUGGAGCGCCAUCAGCAGAGUUUGAGAGAAGAGCAGCAGAGCAGUGCGGGGCUGGAAGAUUUGCUGGAAAACAUGGAGACUGACACCUUCGCCACCCUGUGCAGCCAGGAGCUGAGGCUGGCGACUUACCUCUCGAAGAUGACAAUGGUGCCUGGUGCCACACUACGCCGCCUCCUGAGCGUGGUGAUGCCCACCGCCCCGCAGCCCCAGCUGCUGACCCUGCUGGACUCGGUCAGCGAGAAGCACUUGGAGCACACAGUGGAGAACCUGGGCAGUGGGGAGCAGCCUGACCCAGGCAGGAGGAGGAAACACCAGAGCUGGUGGCAAGCCCUGGACAACAGAUUGCAGGCAGAUCUGAGGAGCAGAGGCCUGGAGAAGAUGCUCUGGGCGCGCCAGAGGAAGGAGAGCAUAUUGAAGAAGACGUGUCUCCCCAUCAGAGACAGGCUGAUGUUCUCGGGAAAAGGAAGUUGGCCCCACCUGUCCCUGGAGCCUAUUGGCCAACUGGCCCCUGUCCCCAUCAUAGGGACUGAUGCCAUUGAUGUGUUAAACACGGGUGAAAAGCUCUUUAUAUUCAGAAACCCAAAGGAACCAGCAAUCUCACUGCACGUUCCUCCCAGGAAGAAAAAGAACUUCCUGAAUGCCAAGAAGGCCGGCAGGGCCCUGGGGUUGGACUAGUCCAAGGGAAAGCCCCGGGAGCACCUGAAGCCAGACUUAUUCUUUCUGUGCACCUGUGUUUGUUUUGUCCAUAACAUACAACUUGCAGUAGACUGUCUUGGGAUGGCCCAUUGCCAUUGGCAACCUGCGGGCCCAGUGUAGACAUAGCGUGGUAGGUGGGGCCUUGGGCUGGGGUUGCUCUUUCUCUGGGUACCAUGUGUAACAGGGACCCUCACACCUGCUGCCUUCUGAAGCCUCUGUUUGCUUUGGUUCUGAGAACUUCCGUUUGGCUACUGUCUGUAUCCCAGGGACACGGACACUCCUCCCUCUCAGGCAUGGGCCACCAAAGAUCUGGAGGAGACGCCUCCCCCUGUCACACCCCAGAGCCAUGCUGUAUGACAAGCAGUCUACGAGUGCGAGGCAAGACUCUAUUUGUACAUUGAGUGUUUGUUAUGCCCUGAGGGUUCAUAAAAGGAACCUCAGGAAAUAAAUGUAUUUCAGGCACAGCUCUUUAUACUUGAACUCUUUUCUGCUUUCUGCGGGAACUGUUUAUUUUUAAUUACUUCUAGAGUUUGGCUCCCUGCUGUGCUUUGGAGAUUUGGAGUUUUGGAGAGAUUUGGAGUUGCCAGAAAAUGUGCCGGUGCUGGGGCAUGGUAUUACCAGUUCAGACCCAAGUUGCCAAUCCCAUUUUACAGAUAAGGAAAUUCAGGGGCAUAUGAAGAAGGAAUUUUUACAAGAUCACGAAGCCUAUAAGCAGCAAAACCAGGAUCCUGCUUUAUGGCCUUCUUCUUCUGAUCAGGAGACAUGUAGGGGUUUAACUCGAUCCAACAAAUAAUCACAUCGAGUCCCUGUUGUUCACACUGCCCUUCUGUGUUCUGACCCUUCUGCUUCAUGACGUGGUGGAGGCAGUGAUGUCUGCUGGGAGCCGGGCCACAUCGCUCACCUUUGAGCUUUUCUGAGAGCCCAAGACCACACCUGUAGAGGUCUUUUCCUGAGGGCAGGAAAUGAUUAGGAAGAAAAGGGGUCUCUGGCGAAGCCUCUGUUGUAGUAGAGUUGCUGCUAGGCCCUCCUGGCUGCAUUAACACAGUCCAAAUUGUCACUGACACCCCACAGGGUAUGUCACUGUUCCCAUCUUACAGCCUAGGAGCCGAGGCUUAGAGAAGAUAAGAGACUUGUCUGCAAUCUUACCACCCAUGAGGGAGGAAUCCCGGAUUUGAACCUGGGUCUCCUCCCUGCAAAGCCCUUGUCUGCCCUGGAAUGUCCCCUUUAGAUCCCUGGCAACCCACAGGCCCAGUCUAGAUGCAGCAUGGUAGGCAGGAUGUUGAGCUAGGGCUGCACUUUCUCUGGGUGCCAUGGCCAUGAGCUGCCAGCUGGCCACAUUGCAACAUUAGCAGCUAUGCAUGCACGAGUGAGCAGUUUGAAUUCAGGACAGGACUUGACGGGGCCAGUUUUCCACUCAGAAGGUUCAGGGGGAGAGCGAGGACAAAGAAAGAACACUGACUGUCACACACGAGCUGGUGGCAUGGAAAAGACCAAUCCUGAGCCGCUGCUCGGGGGCUGUGUGUUCCCAGGCAAGUCACCUGACUUUUCUGAGUUUAUUUUCUUCUGUAACAAAAUAAGACUAAGACUCCCUUGCAAGGAUGGAUGCAACAGGUCUGUGAAGCUCUUGGUGGUGUGGGCCAGCCAUGUUGGUGUCCUUCCCAACCUGUGAAGGUGAUGGUCUGCCUUUCUGAUCAUUUCCUGCUUCUGGCAGGACUCUGCUGCAGUCACGCGCGGGUGCAAGUAGAUUGCACCUAAGGAUUCCAAAAAUUAGUGCAAAAUUCUCAGCCGAAGGCUGAUUGAAGAGCCUGUUAGUGAGAACAGGAGGUGCCAGGCUAUUCAAAAUCCAGCUCAGAACCUGAUAAUAGCUCCCCAUGUUGUUAGGCGGAGGAAGAUUUCCCUUCUAUAAACUCACUGCACAGAGACACCAAGGCGUGUUGAGGAAAGCCUGUGUUUCUGCAGUCAGGAUCGGUUUCAAAUCCAGCCGUACUGCUUCAGAGCAAGACAUUUUACCCCUCUGACCGUCCGCCUCUUCAUCUAUAAAACAUGGGUUUCCAUAUCCACUUUAGAGAUGUAAAGAGUGAAGGUACUGGAUACUGUAUCUACAGGGUCUGGCAGAAUGUUGAAGCACAGUAAAGGUAGCUCAGUUGCUUUAUUGUAUUUUUAAGUAUUCACAAAGUUGAGCGAGCCUGGUACUUUCAUUCCUGUUUCUGCUCUGGAUGAAGAUGGUUUAUUCACUCUGAAGUUUAAUCCCCAAGUCAUAUGUUAAUGGUAUUAAGAGGAUCGAGACUUAACCCAUGCUGUUUAGAGGUGAGACCUUUGACAGGUGAUUAGGAUUAGAUAAGGUCCUUAGGGCAGAGUCCCCAACGUUCAGUCCUGGUGGCUUGUUCAGAGGAGGAGGAAAGACGAGGUACAAGAGACGCCCUCCCUGUCUCUUGCCAUGGGAUGCUUGGUGCUGCCACGGACUCAGACAGCCUUGAACUUCAGAACUAUGAACCAACUAACCCUCUUUUCUUUAUAAAUGAGGCUGCCUGGGUAUUUCAUCACAUCAGUGAAAAGCACACUAGUGCACAUGGAAGCCUCUUAUGGGAGGGAAGCUUAGGGAACUCAGCAGAGAGAAUUUGGGCUCAAGUUUCAGCUCCAUUACUUACAAGCUGGGUGACUGGGGAGAUAGUUAAGCUCCUCUGAGGUUUGGCUUUCAGGGCCCUCUGACUUCUGAGAAUUCCAUCUAGCUGCUUCAACAGACACAAACAUGAGUAAUUGUUCCAUGCCAGAGAUAAAGGAGACUGAUGACAAUUCUGUUGUGGGAAUUUGAGAGUGAGAUCAAAUCUGGCUGAGGAUAUUUGGGGACAGUUUCCUGCUCUGACUCCCACAUCUUUUUCUGCAGACUGCACUUCAUGGGCUGUAGACAUGUAUGCCUGGGGCUUACAGGACACCUGCUCCUGGGGAGCACACAGGUGUCUCAGCCUCAAUUUGUCAAUCAGUGAACAGCAGAUUCUCCUAUGAACCCUGUUUCACUGUGGACAUCUCCUCUCCAAGUGAAUGGCACCAAGCCAGACACCUACAAGAUCCAAGACAUCUCUCUGGUUCUCAGCCUCCCAUCGGAUGCCCGAACCUUGCUGAUUAUAUGACAGAGUUAGCCUUCACAUAUGAGCCUUCCUUUACCCUUCCCUUCCCCCUCCCUGGGCCAGGGCAUCACCAACUGCCUGCUCCCCAGGCUGGCCCUGCCUGAUUUGUGCACUCGACAGUCCCCUCUGGCUCAGUCACUCCCUGCUAAAAGACUCUAUACAGGCCUGGACUGCAAUCAGACCUCACCAAGUGGUCCCCAGGACCUCCUGGCUGUGUCUGUGGUAGGCAGCACCUCCUCCAGGAGCUGCUAAGUGGGGCAGGCACAGCUGGGUUCACCCCUGGGAUCUGCCAGUUCCAGGCUGUGCGGCCCUUGGGAAGCCACCUAACCUCCAUGACUCCCGAUUCCUCACCUGCUUUACAGAAUCAGGAGUGUGAUAAACCUGUACUGUGCCUGGAAACAGGGAACACAAGGUCCAUGAGAGCUAAUCUUAUUGUUGUCUUUGAGAGUUUUAAACAGGAGUGCUGUGAUCUGAUUUGUGCUUUAGGGAGACAAUGCUAAAGACUGUGGUCACGAUGAACAGGAAGUAGAAGCUGUUGCUCCAGCUUUCCCCUGAUUUCUGGCCUCCAGUGGCAGCUGCAGGGAAGAGAGCGAGGAGAUCAGCUCUGCUGCUGUCUUGUGUGAGUCACUGCCACUCUGGUCCCUAGAAUUUGCCAAUAAGAACAGCCACCACCACGACAGCCAAAGUACCACAAAGCCAGCACCACGGAGCUUGCCUGAUCUGUGCCAGGCAUUGUCACUUGAACCUUUAUGCUGAAAUUUUGUGAUCCUCAAAGAGCCUGGGCACGGAGAUGCUGCCCAUCUGACAGGUGACAGGUGGUGAAAUCACCCACCCAUCAUCACAUGUACGUGGCCAUCACUAUUUCUCACCCACCCAGCAGCAUUUUCCCUCUCCCUCCUCUCCGCCGCCCCAUCUUCCUGGGGACAGUCACAUGCUGGAGGAAGGGGGUUCCUUUCUCAGCCCCAGGGCAUGAAGCUCAUUGGACCUCAGAGUUUCCUAACAGGUGUGAGGGGGAGAAUAACAAACUUUGGUUUUUAACUGGGUGUGUUUAGGCUGUUGUAUUUAAUGCAUUUAUGGAUAGGCUACCAUAUUGCUAUUUAGUUUUCUAUUCUUCCAGCUGCUGUUUGUCCCCCUUUCCACCUUUUUCUGCUUUCUUUUAUAUUAACUCAGUGUCUUUAAUGACUUUUGUAUCCACUGUUGGUGUAUUAGCUCUCCAUCUUCUUUCUAUUUAGUGGCUGACUUAGUAUUUGCAUUGUACAUCUUUGACUUAAAAUCUGCUCCUUCACAUACAUGGUGAGACAUUUUCCCCUCAUUUCCUUCUUUCAUUCUUGCUGCAGUUUGGAUCUUAAGGCUCCCCCAAAGGCUCAUUUGGUGAAGGUUUGUUUCUCCAGCCUGAUACUACUGGGAGGUGAUGGGGCUUUUAAGAGGCAGGGUUGGUGGGAGGUCUUUAGGCCAUGGGGGUGUGUCCCUGAAGGGGAUUGUGGGAGCCCAGCCCCUUCCUCACUCCUGUGGUUCCUGGCCAUGAAGUCAACAGCUUUGCUUUGCUGCCCCCUCCCACCGUGAUGUAUCUCCUCCCCACGGGCCAACUGCUCAUGAACUGAAACCUCUGAAACUGUGAGCGGAAUUAAACCUGGUCUCUUUGCAAGUGAA